AUGCAGCCGGCGCCCGAAGAGACGCCGACAAUCGUGUCGCCCGCCGACGUGGUCGUGCUCGACAAGAACAUCGCGCAGAUCGUCGAGGCCCACGACGAGAGCGGUGAUGUCGACGUCCCGACGCCGGUGGUCGUGCCCCGGAGUAGCGACACGCUCUCGCUGCGCGCAAGAUGGCGGCGCGUCGUAUUCGGUGACCGCCCGGGCCACAAGUAUGGGAUGGUCUACCACUACGCAAUCAUGGCGUGCAUCAUUCUCGACGUCAUGGUGCUCACGAUCGAGACCAUGGACGGACCCAACAAGGUCGGCGCCGACCCUGCGUACCCCGGGUUCCCGAAAGCGAGCUUCUUCGCCGCCAUCGAGGUGCUCAUCACGCUCAUUUUGACGGUGGACCUUGCGCUCAAGUGCGUGCUCGCGCCGUCGCCCAAGCUUUUCUACUCGGGUCGGCUACUGCUCGAUGUUCUUUCGCUCGUCUCGCUCUAUUUGCUCGUGCUGUACACGGCCAGUAACCCGCUCGAGAUUUCGGGAAGGCAAGACAAGACCAUCGACGCGAUCAAAACGAUUCGGUACUUUCGUCUCUUUCGCAUCAUGCACAUGAUGAAGGGCUUGGACGGCAUGGUCGUGCUCAUUCGCACGGCGCGCGCGAGUAUUCCGCCACUUCAAGUCACGCUCUUUUUCCUCAUUACCUUUGUCAUGAUGUUUGCGACGAUGCUCUUUUACGCACAGCCGUGCUAUAACGCGUCGACGUGCACGUUUACCGACAUCUUUAACGCCGGCUACUUUGUCAUGGUCACUGUCGCGACCGUUGGGUAUGGUGACCAGCUCCCCGACAUUGAAAACAUCCCGGCCGUCAUCAUUGCGUGCGUCAUCAUGAUCUUUGGGACGCUGUAUCUCGCGAUGCCAUUGGCUAUCAUUGGCAUUCACUACGAGACUACGUGGAUCGACUUUCAGGCGCAGCAGGUCGCAGACGGCGCGAUGAUCAAACCGGGGCAGCCGAGCGUCGAGGCCGAAGCCGCAACGUUUGAACGCAUGGAGACGACGGAGCUGUCUUCGAAUCACCACAGCCUCAACGCCAAGUUUCUCGAACUGUGCGACCUCGUCACGCACGUUUCGGAGCACGCAGUGGCCCUCACAACCUCCAUCGAGCCGACAAAACUCGUCUCGGGGCCUGUCGACCGCGACCGCAAUGCGAAAUUGGUGCAGCUCAUCAACGAAGCGACGCACGCGAUCAAGCUCCAGCGAGCGCUCGCCAAAGAGGUCAAGCCUUUCGUGCCCAAAGACCUCGUGACGGCCCAAGCGGGCAAGAAGCCUGUGGCGCAGAACGCGCGCACCGCGUCCUUCUCGACAUCGAUCAUGACGCGGGCCAAGCGCGCGAUGAGCAACAUGCAGUCCAAGGCCAAGGACGACGACGAUGCCAAUGCGAAGCGGACACUGCGGGAGCGUGCGUUUCAGCUCAUGGAGCGGCCGCACUCGUCGAUGCAGGCCAACUACGUCAACAAAUUCUUCCUCGCGAUGGUCAUCGGGAGCGUGCUCAUGUUCUACGCCGAGACAACGCCCGAGCUCCAAGCACAUGGUAUUGAGAGCGACCUUUGUCGCGAAGCGUUUGCGUCCUACUGCAAAAACAAAAAGGACGUCGGCUGCUUCGUGCGGUCGACGACAAACGAAACAACGACGCAAAAACUCAACUUUUACUGCGAAGCGGGCUCAACCGCCCCUGAUUGCUUUGGUGCUGGCUUCAACUAUGGCUCGAACGCGACGCUUGCGCAGUGCUACAACCUCUUUUCGGACCCUGGUCGUAUUUGCGAAAUUCGCCAAUGCAAGCCCGACCACGUGCCCAUGUACGACAUGACGCGCCGGUGGGUCUACCUCGAGUACUACUUUGGCCUUGUGUUUACGAUUGAGAUGGCGCUGCGGUUUUACGCGGCGCGGAGCCGCGUAAAGCACCUCCACUCGAUUGGGACCUACAUUGACGUGGUCGCUGUGCUGCCGUUCUACGUGCAGGCGCUGCAAGGGAUCGUGCAAGCACGCGUGCCGACGUACGCGAUUGUGCCGACCUUUCCACAAUUUCUUACCGUCCUUCCCAUCGUCAAACCCAUUCGCAUCUUCAAGCUUGCGCGGCACUUCAAAUCGACGACCGUUCUCUCGCGCACGACCCGAGAAACAUGGAAGCGUCUCCUCAUCCCGCUCUUCUUUCUCUUCCUUGGGUGCGUCUCGGCGGGGGCCAUUUUUUACGAAAUCGAGCGCGGCACCACGUGCUACGUGGACAUUCCGUGCUUUUGGUGGAACCGCGAUUUAUGGACAAAAGAGCUUGACGCGAACCUGCCCCCCAAGAAAAUGGUCCAAAUCCAAGUCACCAAGUAUACGAUUAUUACCGAUAUGCUGCGCUCGAGCUGGCUGUCGAUUGCGACGUUUACGAGCGUCGGGUACGGUGACAUGAAGCCGCGGACGCCGCUCGGCCGCCUCUUUGACAUUGCCGCGAUGGUCUUUGGGAGUUUCUACACGGCGAUGCCGCUCUCGCUUGUCGGGACGCAGUUUUACCUCGCGUACCGUGACUUUCUCGAGAGCCAGAAAAAACAGCGGCAAAAUGGGUCCCUCUCGGUCGUGCGUCCGCGCACCGAGCCAUCGCUGAGCUUCAAGCGCCGGAAGCGACGACCGCCAAGCGUGAUUAGCCAGGACGAUGUCCCGGUGUUGAGUCAGUUUAUGUCGAUGAGUCGCCUCCUCAACGAAAUUCUCCAAAUGGCAUGUCGCCUCAAUGCGGCCCAGAAGAAACCCGCGUCGCUCGGUGCGAGCGAACUUCCAGUGCCGCCGCUGCUCGUGUCGAUGCUCAAGAGCGUCAAGACGGCGCGCCAAGCUGGCCGUCGUGCGCGGCGAAGUUUGUCGAGCAACGACGCAGAGCCACGCGUUUCGGUCGGCGUGUCACUGGACGUCAAAGUGCUCCACGUCGAGGGUAUGUGCAAGAACAUGGUCAUGUCCACGUCGUUGUGUCAGACCAUCAUGCUACAAUUCUCGAUCAUUGUGCACAAGAUUGUCGUGCCCGACAAGACGCUCCAGGCCGCCGACUCGCCCCAGCGCGCGCUCUCGAGCUUUCAAAGUCGGUCCGAGACGUCGCGGCGCGGGUCCGACUCGUUUGGCGAAUCGGACAGCACGUAUUGA